CUCCCCCAACACCUCCCCUUGCCUGGCUCAGCAAGAGCCCCUCAGUGCGCGCUGGGCUUUUCUUGUGACCAGGGUAAAUAUUACACCUUGGAUCGUUAAUGUUUAAUGCCCCCCACCUCGGCCCAGACCACACCAAGGCAGACACUUGUCCCCCGAAGUAGAGGUGGCAGGAAGCGGACGGUGGAGACUUGUGGCUGGGGAAAUGGCAGGGUUGUCAACGACAGAUGACGGUGGAAGCGCCCAGGGGCCUGUGGACCCUUUCCACUAUGACUAUGAGACCAUCCGCAAAGGGGGACUGAUCUUCGCUGGUCUGGCCUUCAUCGUGGGGCUCCUCAUCCUCCUAAGCAAGAGGUUCCGCUGUGGGGGUAGCAAGAAGCCCCGGCAGGUCAGUGAAGAUGAGCUGUGGCACCAGGGCUGACUGUGCCCACCAGUGCAAGGGGCCCAAGGAUGUCUGGUCUCUUGGCCUGUACCAUUUCGUCUCUGUCACGGCCAGCUCUAGGGCUGAAGGACGCGUCGGGCUUGCUGUGACUCCCUGGGCGGGCACUCCUCCCGCCUCUGCUCCCUGGCCCUCUCCCUCCCCUCCCCAUCCGCCGCCUUCUGUAAUAGCCCACCCUCUUCUCCAAGUUGGAAUACAAGUAUAGUCUGGUUU